GAGUUAGUUCACUUCUCUACUUUUAUAUAAAGUCGCUGUUAGCAUGCUAAAUAGACAGAAUGUAUUUCCUCAUAUAUGUGGCAGUAAUACAUCAAAAGAGGUGAUCAUUACCAAUCAAACUUUUCAAGAAAUAAAUUGUUAAUUUGUAUCAGCUAAAACAGAAAUGAAAAACGGGAAUUUGCCAGCCGUUAAUAGAAACAAUGUAUUAAAGAGGAAACAGCUUUGAGAAGAGCCUCGGCUAAUAAUUCAUUGAUAAACUACUUUUAUUAAUCAACUAACAUUGUUAUAUGAUUGGAUGGUAUUGUUGUUCUAUUGUCAACUCCACGUGCAUUGUUUAAGAUACGGGCCGUUAAUUUACCGUCAUAAGUAUUUACAAAAGCUACGUUCAAAGUGGUUCGUUGUUGACUUUUGGAGAAGAAAAUUAAAAUCCGAGUUUCAUUCUAUAAUUAUAAUACAUUUGUUUGUAUUUAAAAAAAUAUUUAUAGAAAGGUUGGCAUAUGUUGAUAAAAUAUUAUUGAAUGUGAUUGAUUAAACUUAAUAUUUAAAGACUUUUAAAACAUCGCUAAGGUGAAAUGGCCUCGUGUGAGAGGUCCCAACAGAAGACAACGAUAGCCAAGAAGUCAAAUUCGGAGGUAACCUUAGAUGGAGCCACAUCUUGCAAGUGUAAUUGGAAAAAAUAUUUGUUGAUUCAAGGAUUAUUCAACAUCAUAUGUAUAGUGCUUAUUAUUAUACUUUUUGUGUUAAUGGAUAAUUUAAAAUCAAGUGUUAAAUUAUUGUCUUCACGAAGGACUAAAAGUGUGUUAGAAAACCCUUCAACAGAUUAUAUCAUUGGAAACAAAAAUAAUUUACCUAACCCAACAAUGUCAACUACCCAAAAUCCAGUAACUCAAAAACAUAUUGAUACAACACCAAAAAGGCCAAGACUACUGGAAGUUCUGGAAGUACUUGACGAUCAUGAUGUCACGGAAAGACCAAUCCAUCAAAGCAGCCCAAUUCCUAUGUUGAAUAUUGACCAUAUCAUGCUAUCAAAUAAUACGAACUGUACUUGUAUAGGUCGUACUGGGAGUCGUGGACCAAGAGGACCCAAAGGUCGUAGAGGUAAGAGAGGAAAGCCUGGCGCACAGGGAAAAUUAGGACCAAUAGGACCGCCUGGACAACCUGGUCCAGCGGGUGGGAGGGGACAUCGCGGAAAAACAGGCAAACCUGGUCCUCGAGGUGAUGUUGGUGCAAUAGGUGUUACCGGUAAAACAGGACCUGCAGGUCCGCCGGGACCAUCGGGACCAUCAGGGAUACGGCCUAUGAAACAUAAGCCAGUGGUGCACCUCACAGGUUACAAGCGUCAAAAAUCGCUCACUAAAAAGCCAGAAGGUAUUAUUACUCACUGGGUUCAUACGGGGAAUAUAGGUAUGAUCAAUGGUGGCUUCACUAUGGAUAAAGGAAUGAUUACCAUUCCUGAAGAUGGUUUUUACAACGUUUAUGCUCAGAUUUUUUUUCAAGCCGACUUUGAUCCGCUAGUAUUCAAGGAUAUGGACCGUAUUCUGGUCCAUUAUGUUUACUUAUUUAGAGGUGACAAGAAAUAUAUAUAUUCACGAUCAUAUGCUACAAAAGCGGAGCAUACGAGUAGUAAUAGAGCGUUUCAUACUACGCUCACAUCUUCUGUAUUCAGACUGUUCAAGGGCGACCAACUCGCUGUAGGCGUUGAGCCGGAAUACUUGCCGUACAUUGAAUAUGUAGAAUCCACCUCGUAUUUCGGGGCCUACCAAGUAUGAGUAAUCAUUGCUUCACAGUUACUGGUAGUCGGAAGUCACGCGACAAGUUCGCAUCAGCGCUAGUUUGGUUGCUUAUUACAAUCAAGACAUAAGUGUACAUUAAACAAGAGCAGUUGACCGAGUACACACGACCUCUGUCACCUCUUUUAAAGAAAAAACGCAUCGGUAAAAAAAAUAGAAAGAUAUAAUUGAGAUAUCGCAAUUUACUGCUUCCCAAGCAUAACGUGUGAGAAACCGUUAAUAAUAUUUUGUUAAAUUUUUACAAAUUGUGGUUUAAAAAGAAGAAGCCAAAGUCCAGAACCCCUUUUUGUAUGCAAGAACCUUCAUGAUGGUUGCGCGAGAGUUGUUUUUAAUACGUAUAUAUAUUUUUGUAUUUGUUUUUAAACUGUAUUUUUAUACUUAAAUUCCAUUUUUCUUCUCUUUUAUUUUUUAAUCAGACAUUUUUACGCUACAUUGAAAAGUGACUUUUUGAUAAAUUUUUGUUAGUCUUUUUAUUUCCGGUGUCGGUCAGAGGAGGACUGAGCCAUUUGAAAUGAUGACAUGAGCAUUUGUUAUUUUGCAACGAUGGCUCGCCUUGCUUUAAUCGGAAUUUUUAAAAGUUAAUUGUUUUUUUUUAAAACCUCAUUGCACUGUUUUUUUUUCUUUUUGAUGUGCAUCGGCUUUUUAUCAUUGCAGUGACAAGCAACUAAACCGUUUUGUAUCAUGCUGUGAAUUGGAUUUUCUUCAACUUUCAAAUCAAUGCGCUCUAUUCCUGAAGAGCUUCUAGAUUCCAAUUUUUUGGUAUCAUCCAAAUAUUACUUGGGUUUUUGUCGGUUUAACUACUCACAGUUUUCCCGUUAGAGACCUCGAAGCUCGUUUAAACGGUUCUGAUCGAUUAGUGCUUGUCAUGAUGCAUUGUUAUUAAGUUGUUUUUUAGUUGAUUUUUUACGACGGACUCGCAGCGAAUAAAUUAUUCACUUUUUUAAAUCCAUAUAAUGUUCGAUAAUGAGGCCAGAUGAAUUUGUGUAUAAACUAAGUAAAAUAGUGUUAUUUUUUAUGUUGAGUUCUAUAUUUCAAUUAUAAAUUUCAAAGUUUUAUUUUGUAUUUUUAAUUUUUUCAGCAAUAUUAUUUUUCUACUUGUGGUACUACGCCGGUACCGAAUAUUUCUAGACUGGCUCUACUAAGAAGCACAUCUCGCAUAUCUUGUGGUUGACUUUUGAUGGACUUUUUAUAAGUGAAGUGUGCAGUUUUCUUAGAUGCCUUGCGUGAUGUUUCUAUAUUUCUAUUUUUUCAGUGAAAAUCAUAUAUUAAAACUGAAACUUUGAUUCUAUUUAACUCUCAAAUGUGUUAUUUUUUUCUUGUGAUGUUAAUUUUUUUAUUCUUUAUUUUUUGUGCUUGCUGCCAAUGACACUUUAUCCACCCUUCAGUAGGUUAGGUUACAUGUUAAAAGUACUCGGUGGUAUGCUAUGAUAAAAACGUCCUGAGACGAGUUAAUAUUAAAUAACGUUCGAAACGGAACUUUUGUAUACAUAUUAAAUUUUUACUCGUUUCCAUUUUACUUUGUACAAAAAUAUCUUCACGUAAAGUGAAGAAAUAAUCAAUAGUUCGUAUUUUUGUAAGUCACGCUUGCCUAUUUAAAAUUAUUGUAUAUAUACCUCUUACCAAUAUAUGAAGUUUUGAAGAUUUUUUGUUUGAAUGGAUGUGAAAAUUUGUAGACGAGUAAAAUUCUAUUUGAAGUGUUUGACAUGGCCAAUAAUAAAAAUCUUUAAAUGAAAGUCUUAUUCCUUAAGAUGCUGAUUUUUUGGUUUUUAAUAUUGUGUCCGUUUCUUCAUUGUAAAACAACUUACUUUACGAAAAUAUUUCCCUUUCGAAGGAACAAUGUCGUUUUGAAGGUUUUUUUUUUGUGGUGCAUCACGAAGUUCGUAACAACGCUAAUUUUCAGGCUUUAUUUCAACUGUCCGCGUGACUGGAUGCAAAAAUGUAGGAAAUAUAAUAGUUACUGUUUUCUUAAGUUUUAUCACUUAUUGUAUAUAGAUUUAAUAAUCGUUUUCCGUCAGGAAAUUGGAUACAUUUAUAUA